CUGUCAGCACCUUUGCUGCCCGCAUCAACAACGACGACGACGACGAAGACGACGACGACAGCGCCACCUCCACGAGAUGUCCAUCGGACAAUAAGCAAAACACGACGAGCAUUGGCCUCCUGUCAAAAUGGCCGACCUGGCAGUGGCAGCAGGGCAGGUUGUCCGCCUAGCUGAUGGCCGCAAUGCCUUCGUCCGCUUCGUCGGCGAGACGGCCUUCGCCCCCGGCCUCUGGGUCGGCGUUGAGCUGGACGACGGCACGGGCAAGAACGACGGCAGCGUCCAGGGCGAGCGAUACUUCGACUGCGCCAUGGGCAACGGCAUGUUCGUUCGGCCCACCGCCGUCGCUGUCAUUGCCCAGCCUGCGCCAAAACCGAAGCCUGCCACAACAGCCACAAGGAAGACAAGCACAUCGAGGCCGAGCAGCAUGUUCACCUCAGGAUCGAGAACCGCGAGCACGUCUAUUGAUACAGGGGUCGGGAGGAGGAAGAGCUUGAAUGCCCCCAGCCCUAGUCCGGGCCCGAGGACGUCACGCCCUUCCAGUAUUGCUAGGUCGCCCACCAAGUCUCCUACAAAGCAGCUCGGAACUGCAUCCUCAAGUGCGGCCACCUCCCGAACCGGCACGCCGGCGAAUGCACGAGGAACCACCACCAAAGCUCGAGCCGCUUCGGCCACAACGAGAUCAUCUAUGGGCCCCCCGGCUGUCCCAGCAUCCCGAGUAGGCCGCCAAGCGUCGGUCUCGGCUGCAGCACCGUCCCGAUCCACCACCACAAGGACUGCAAGCAAUCGGCUCUCACUGGCAACUGGUAAAGCCCGUCCAGAGGCAUCAAAACGCAGCUCUCAAGGCUCACAGUCCGGCGCGGAAAGGAGGAGCUCCAUCGACAGAGGUGCCACCCCACAGAGAGCUAGCAGCGACGAGGACUCACCGUCGCAGCCGAGGAACCCAGCGUUGGAGAAUCUCACCGCCACAACAGAGGCAGACCCCGCGAGGAAGGUGUCGAGGCCCACGACACAGGCUCUGCAGGCCUCGAACCGGGAGAUUGAAGACUUGAAGGCGAAGUUGAGGGUCAUGGAGAGGAAACGCAUGGAAGACCGAGACAAGCUCAAGGAUCUGGACAAGAUUCAGGGCGAGCGAGACAAGUUUGAAGGCAUCAUACACAAGCUGCAGGCCAAGUAUGCGCCGCAGCAGCAAGAGAAUACGGAACUACGGAAGAUGCUCAAGGAAGCAGAAGAAAGACUCAAUUCGGUCGAGGCUAUGCAAGCUGAGCAUGAGACCACGCUAGAGCUGGCAACUCUGGAUCGUGAGAUGGCCGAGGAGACUGCCGAGGUGCUGAAGGUCGAGGUUGAGGCGCUGAAAGAAAAAACAGAAGAGCUCGAACUCGAGCUCGAGAUCUUGAGAGAGGAAAACUCCGAGUAUACCAAGGGCAUGUCACCUGAAGAAAAGGCGAGCACAAAUUGGAUACAGAUGGAGAGGAACAACGAGCGACUGCGCGAUGCUCUCAUCCGUCUCAGAGACAUCACUCAGCAGCAAGAAGAAGAGUUUCGGGACCAAAUCAAGAGCUUGGAAGAGGACGUCACGGAACUCACCACCGUCAAAGAGCAACACGAGACCGCGAAGGGAAAGCUGGCGCAAGCGGAGGCGAUGGUCGAGGAUCUUCGGCAACAGCUUGACACAGCUCUUGGUGCCGAAGACAUGAUUGAGGAUCUCACAGAGCGCAACAUGAGCCAGGCCGAGCAGCUUGAAGAGCUCAAAGCGAUUAUCGACGACCUGGAAAAUCUCAAGGAAGUUAAUGACGAGCUUGAGAUCAACCAUGUGCAAAACGAAAAAGAACUCCAAGAGGAGAUCGACUUCAAAGAUAGCGUCAUCGCAGAGCAGGCUAGACGAGCUGCGGAACAGGAAACCAUGAUGGAAGACAUGGAGUAUACCCUCUCUAGGUUCCGCGAGCUCGUCACGAAUUUGCAGAGUGACCUGCAGGACAUGAAGGCAUCGCAAGCUGUGUCAGACACGGAGUCAGAGAAGCUGAACAGCCGGUCGAGAGCCAUGGAGGACCUGACGAUGAGGCUGCAAAUCUCUGCGGAGAAGGCACAAGCCAAGACAAUCGACCUCGAGCUGCGGCGCCUGGAGGCCCAGGAGGCAGAGCAACACCUGGAGAUCGUCAAGAUGUUCUUGCCAGAUAGCUACCAGACUGAUCGUGACUCUGUCCUGGCUCUUCUGCGAUUCAGAAGGUUGGCGUUCAAAGCCAACCUGCUGCAUCAAUUUAUCCAGGAGAGGGUCAAGGGCCAUGCGCACCCUGGACACGAGGACGACGUACUGUCUGGCUGCGAUGCAAUGGACAAGCUCACCUGGGUUUCGUCGAUGUGUGAGAGGUUCGUCAACUCCAUCAGCCACUGCUCGCUUGAUCAAUUUUCCAAGUAUGCGGGUGCGCUGUAUGAGCUUGAGCCCGUUGAGCGAGCCCUCAACCAAUGGAUCGAGGGCCUGAAGAAGGACGAGCUUAAAGAAAAGCAAUGCGCGAGCGAGCUGCAACGCACCAUUGCUCUCAUGACGCAUCUCGGCGAGGUCCACAUCUCGAGCGACCUGGAGAGCUUCGCAGACGAUGUUUUUAUGAAGACGGUGAUGAUGCAGAGCCAUCUCGAGUCCGCUGCCACAGCCUUUACCACCCUUCAAGCCAUGGUGCAGCGAAUAAUCCCCUCAGUGGGCGAGGAAGACGAAGUUGCACAAUACUUCAUCAGGAAGGCGGAUGCUGUCAUCACGCAGACCCGCAGCACCAAGGUCAUAUCAGGUAGAACUGUCAAGGCGCUUGAGGACUUGAAGCUGCGCUCCCUAGCGCUGCCGCAUGAGACCAAGGAAGUUUUCCAGCGAUGCGAGGAGACGUCUCAAGAACUCGCCGAACUUGCUCGCUGCAUAGGCUUAGACCUCCAUCAACUACUGCACGAGGAAGGCCGAACCGAGCCAUACACUCAUCUCGAGGUGCAAGACCGUGUGCGCAAGACAGUCUUUGCGGUGGCUAGCUCGGACGAGUCGGACCUGUUCGCAACGUACCUGAACAAGCUCCGCGCGCUCACUGGCGAGAUCAGCGAUCUUUCGCAGCUUGCGUCAGACUUUACACAGACUCAAGAGUUUGAGCGCAGCCCGGCACCCUGGAUUAUGCGCUCCCAGGAGCUCAGGGCCGUCAAGACCGUCCCUGUCGACGCCGAAGAGGAGCUCCGACACCUCAAAGAGGAGUACAACGAGGCCCGCCGUGCCGUCGCGCAGCGCGAGGAAAGUCUCAGUACGGCGAUGCUCAAGAUCGAGACCCUCGAGUCGAGGAUGCGCGAUGCAACAGCCAAGGCGAACAGAAUCACAGAUUUGGAGUUGCAGAUCGAGAAAUCGGGCGGCAACGUUGCCUCCCUCAAAGAGGACAUUGAAAAGCAGGACCGUGAGCUGAAGAUGCUCGAGGCAGACAGAGACAAGUGGAAGAAGAUCGCGGGCGACUCACGCGCGUUCAGCGAGGCAGCGGCGGGCACAAAGGCGGGCAAGGAGAUGGCGGUUGCGACAGCGCGGGAGAUGGACACGCUGAAGGAGGAGAUCACAAGCCUGCAGUCGGCGGUGAGGUACCUCCGGGAGGACAACAGGCGGGCGAGGCUCACGGAGCAGAGUGGGCACGACUGGCUGUCGCAGCCGGUAAAGCGGCCGACCCCGGUUCAGGAGCAGCGGAGGAAGCUGGUUGUCGCCGAGGGGAGAGACGUGCUAGGCGAACUGGUCCGGAUGGCCACCGAGGCCAAGGUGUACGACCUGUCCUCGCUGCCGGCGGACAAGUUGGCGUGGAAGAGCGCGAAGAGCACGCCGCAGUACCAUGCCGCCAGGCAGAUGGAGGACCUCGCCGCGUGGCAGAGCUGGCGCGACAGCGUCGCCCACAAGGGCCAGGUGCUGUCGGGCCAGCAGCAACAGCAGCACCGGGGCAAGGACGGCCAGUCCGUAAGGAAGGCCAGGAAUGCCGCCGCGGCGAGGCUACACAUCCGCCUGCCGGACGGCCAGGGGAAGAUGGCGUCUGGCGGACACGACGUCCGCAUCGUGGGCUCGCGGGAGUGGGAUGGCCUGCAGGGGCGGUUGGCUGCGAUCUAGAAGAGCGAUUGAUGUACCUGUUGGAACCAGCAGAGCAUUUAGAGAGAUACCACUGUGAUAUGAUGAAUUUGCUUUCUCGUCGUUGUUAUCUCACUGAAAUGUGUCGAGCUCUCGAGCUUUUAAUAC